AUGGAUGUUGAAAAAGACUUGCUGAUAGUUGACGAGGUCGGCGUCUCUAGUCAACAAGCAGGGCGCGAACAAACUUCCGCCCGGCCCGUGUUUUCAGACCCUGUCAGAAUCUGUCAGGUCGAAGCAAUUCGCGACGACAAAAGUCGUUGUCACGCCCGGCACCUAUACGCGGUUGAUGAACCUGAGACUUCACACCAGUUGAAUGAAGCGGUUCCCGACUGUCACACGUCGACUUGUGUUCAACUGUCUCUCUCUCGCUCAGUCGCUCUGCACCUGUUGCUGUUAACUAAAAUUUUAUUUCGCCGUGAUCUACUGGACGCUAAUCGCAGCUCAUUCAGUCCGAACUACUGCAACUUUGGAUCACCCUGGCACCUAAAACCUAAAAUAUCCUGUUUGGGGAUAAACCUGUAA